UGUUAUUACUUUCGCACUGUUCGUCCUGAAACAGACUAGUACGCUGUAUUCUAUGGUUACUCCGUUCCGUUGGCACCUCCGCAAAACCCACUUGUUGAAUUGCAAUCCCCUUUCAAAAGGGUGUUCGAAUUUGGUUUCAUGUUUUUAUCUUUAAACUUCACAAACAAACAUGUCUCACCUUCUAUCUGCUGCUACUGCUUCUUCUCGUUUCCAACCCUUCACCCUCAACAACACAAUCACAACCCAACAACCUCCCUUUCUCGGAUUCAAGGGUACAUCAUGUUUUGUUGAGAAGCACAGUUGCUGCUUGAGUGUUAAACCAUUUUGUGCAUCUCAGAAGAGAGGGACCAAGAUCUUCUGUUCUAUGAAUAUGUCAGCACAUCAAUCAGAUGAUCAUGGGAAAAUGAAGCUGGACCAAUUAAUAGACAAAGUGCAAAAGCUUUGGGACAUUUCUCCGGAGCCGGUGAAGAAAUUCCCGCAUAACAAGGCUUUAGACAACUUCAUUCAACUUAUUCUUGAUCUUAUUUUGGUUGUUGUCAAAUACCUAGCUGUACCUGUAUUCGCAGUUACCUCCCUCAGUGAAAUGUCCUACUGUGCACAUGAAAGGAAGCUAGUCUUUGUUCCUCUUCCGGUUCUCUUUGGAGUUGCUGUCGCUGGGAUCCUUAAAGAGACUGCCCUCCAGUUAUCUCCACGUCUAAGGGAUGCCGAAAUUCCAUGGCAUUUAAUUGCCAUUGCAAUUUUCUUCACAUUGAUCAAAUUGCCUGGGCCGUACUACCCUUAUUGGGUACGUAUAAUUAUUCCUCAUUUUGCAAAUGGGGUUCUGUUGAGGACUCUAUUGUUUGCAAUAUUGUGGCAUAGAAGACCUAAAGCAUUGAAGAUUUUGGGUUCUGGUUGGUUAACUCACUGAGUUAUGAUACUUGUUGCCUGCAAAGUCAAUUUCAGUUGAGGCCAAGUUUUUAGUACUGAAGACUUAAGCAAUCCGUUGAGUUUUUUUUUUUAUUAUUGAGUUUAGAUUACACUUUGUUGAGAAAAGAUGUAACUUGUAUGCUCAGUUACUUUAUCGAGAAAUAGAUGUCAAUGGUGACUUCACUUUUUGUAUAAGAGAGAAAAUUUCCAUCUUAUAUCAUGCUUCUCAAGGAAUGGUUGAGUGGAAUAACACGGUUUUGUAUGUGAUAGGGAUGUAGAGUUUCAAGCCAAAAAA